AUGGUUGAGCAGCAGUACCGAGUGGCUGUGGAUCGAAAGACGCAUUAUGAGCAGGAACAGAUUAAUUCUCAGUUAGAUACAGAUGCUCGUGUGUUCAUCAAAACGAUGUUGCUGUCAUGCCGCCAUGUCAUGUACUGGCGCCUCAUGAAUGACAAGUCUGCUGUACCGAUCCACUAUAUCGAGCCCCGUUGGAAAUUGUCGUUCAAGUUAAACCAGGCGCCAUUUGAAGAAGACGUUCCAGACGAAGCCUUUGCCUGCACGAAGUUCCAGGAACGGAACCUUUGCCUUUGGUGA